ACACUGCAUGGGCCAGUUUUCCUUCAGGAGCCCAACAGCAUGAUCUUCCCCUUGGAUUCAGAGGAAAAGAAAGUGAAGCUGAGCUGUGAAGUCCAAGGAAACCCCAGACCAACCAUUGGGUGGAAGUUCAAUGGCAGCAGUAUCGACGUGGGUAUGGAUUACCGCUACAGCCUGCUGGAAGGCAACCUGCUGAUCAAUAACCCCAAUAAAACCCAAGAUACUGGAACAUACCAGUGUGUAGCAACAAACCCCUUUGGAACAAUCGUCAGCAGAGAGGCAAAGCUUCAGUUUGCUUAUCUUGAGAACUUCAAAACCAGAACAAGAAGCACGGUGUCCGUCCGUCAGGGCCAGGGCAUGGUUCUGCUCUGUGGUCCACCACCACAUUCUGGAGAGCUCAGCUACGCGUGGAUCUUCAACGAGUACCCCACCUUCGUACACCAGGACAACCGCCGCUUCGUUUCCCAGGAGACUGGCAACCUGUACAUCGCCAAGGUGGAAGCUUCAGACGUGGGCAACUACACCUGUGUGGUGACCAACGUGGUGACCAACAGCAGGGUCCUGGGUCCCCCCACCCCACUCAUCCUCAGGAACGACGGCGUGAUGGGAGAGUAUGAGCCAAAAAUAGAAGUGCAGUUCCCAGAAACGGUUCCAUCUGCAAAAGGAACAACGGUGAAACUCGAGUGCUUUGCCUUGGGGAACCCAGUUCCCACGAUUAGCUGGAGGAGAGCAGAUGGGAAACAAAUUCCCAGAAAAGCCAGGAGACACAGAUCGAGUGGGCUUCUGGAAAUCCCAAAUUUUCAUCAGGAAGAUGCUGGACUCUAUGAGUGUGUAGCUGAAAAUGUGAGAGGGAAGAACGUGGCACGAGGACAACUCACAUUUUAUGCUCAGCCCAACUGGAUCCAGAAGAUCAGCGACGCCCACGUGGCCAUGGAGGAGAGCGUGGCCUGGGAGUGCCGAGCCAGCGGGAGGCCCAAGCCCGCGUACCGCUGGCUGAAGGACGGGGAGCCCCUGGUGCCCCAGGGCAGAAUUCAGCUGGAGCAGGGCUCGCUCACGAUAACCAACGUCACCUUGUCGGAUGCUGGCAUGUAUCAGUGUGUGGCAGAAAACAGACACGGUGUCAUUUUUGCCAGUGCAGAGCUGAGUGUCAUAGCCAUUGGUCCAGACUUUUCCAAGACACUCUUGAAGAAGUUAACUCUUGUUAAAGUGGGUGGUGAAGUAAUCAUUGAGUGUAAGCCAAAAGCUUCCCCAAGACCUACUUAUUCUUGGAAGAAAGGGAAAGACAUCCUAAGAGAAAACGAGAGAAUUUCUGUUCUGGACGACGGGAGCCUCCGGAUUGUCAACGUCACCAAAUCUGAUGCAGGGAGUUACACCUGCGUGGCCACAAACCACUUUGGGACAGCGAGCAGCACGGGCAGCCUGGUUGUGAAAG